AUGCCUGAAGGAACGAUGAAAGCUCUUUGGUACAAUGCGCCCCAAGACUUUGAGAUAAAGCAGGUUCCUAUACCGAAAGUCGGCGACGACGAUGUGUUGCUCAAAGUGAGCUGCUGUGGCGUGUGCGGAACGGAUGCGCACAUUCACGAGGGCGAGUUUAUUUCCAAGUUCCCACUUAUCCCAGGUCACGAAGCCAUUGGCACUAUCGUCGAGUUGGGCAAGAACGUCAAAGGUUUUGACCUUGGGGACCGUUGUGUAGCAGACGUUGGCAUUACGUGCGAAAACUGUUUCUAUUGCCGAAGAGGGCAAUCGCUCAUGUGUGAGAACUUCAACGCACGGGGUGUUACCCAGGAUGGUGGCUUUGCGGAAUACAUUGUAUACAAACAACACAAGCUGUACAAGAUUAAAAAUCUCACGGACGAGGAGGCUACUCUUCUUGAACCUGCUGCAUGCGCAAUCCACGGCAUCGACAAGCUGGCACCGCCUGUCGGCGUCGAGGUUCUCCUUCUAGGGGCUGGACCUACUGGCUUGAUUCUCGCUCAGUUGCUGAAGCUCAACGGUGCCUCCCGAAUUGUUGUCGCUGCCAACAAGGGUAUCAAGAUGAACAUAGCUAAAAGCCUUGACGUUGCAGACGAGUACAUUGAACUUGAUCGGCAGCACCCUGAAGCACAGUGGAAGAAGCUAAAGGAGGACAACCCUUACGGCUUCGACGUCGUUGUAGAAGCAACCGGGGUAGAGAAACUCGCUAAUGAAAGCAUUAACUAUGUCCGAAGGGGCGGUACGUUGAUGCUGUAUGGGGUUUACGAAAACAAAGCUCAGGUGCACUGGCCACCAUCAAAAAUCUUCGGCGAUGAGAUUAAGAUCAUCGGGUCGUUUUCGCAGACAUAUUGUUUCCCCCGGGCUGUUGCGUACCUCGACAGCGGCAAAGUUAAAGUCAAGGGUAUGGUUACAGAUGUCUUUCAACUAGAUGAAUUCCAGGCCGCGUUAGACAAGAUGAGCAGUAGAAAGGCGCUUAAAAUUGCUAUCAAACCGUAG